AUGGCCUACUUUGAUCUUCCCUUAAUCCCCUCUGUCGGCGCUGGCGCCCCCGAACCAAAGCUCGACGUCCAACUCACAGAGGACUGGAGGGCCACUUUGAGCCCUGUAGCGUUCAGGCGGAUCGAAUUCCGCUACGCUGGGGCAUCCCGCCCUGGGAUUUUUUUUCGAGACUGCAAGUCGCGUGAUGCUCUGAAAUCUGUUAUGGAGUGUCCCGAAGAGGUGCCGUUUCCCAGAUUACAAGGGGCGCAGAGAUUGAAGAUCGUGUGGCCAACGACUACGCUUCAAUACGAGCCGGUGUUACAUUCCAUUACGGAGAACAUGGCGACUUUGGCUGCGGAAAUUGUCCAACACUUCAACCGUUUUGUCGCUGCGUACGCAGCUGCAGAUGUAGGCAGCGCCGCCUGGUCUAUGCAGGGCCGAAUUUCGUGGAAGGACGAGAUGCGGUUGGUGGCUCUCGUUAAUAUUGGGCCGGGCCGGUGGCAAAUGGUCCUCGAACGCUAUCAAUACGUAUUAAACUAG